GUAAUCUGUGAAAUUGACAAAUCCAACGCGCCCUCGGUGUAGUCACGUGAUGUGAACCAACCCCAUUUUUUUCCCCCUUUGUUUUACUUUCUUACACGGCCUGAAGCUGAGGAGUUCUUAGGACAACAGUGGAAAGUUUUAGUGUUGCGUGUGGUAGAGUGAGUUAUACAAAUAUUUGUUCAGACAGCCAGGUAACGGUGAAUAUUGCUAGGGAGGCAAAAAAGAACUUGCCCAUAACUAGCUGAGCGAAACUUUAUUUUUUGUUCCCCACCCCUAAAACAAAGCGGACAUUCGUUGUUGUCAAUAGCGGAAUUACUAAACGUGUGAUAUUAACAUAAGGCCGAGGAUAGUUUUAAAAAUGGAGUUACGGAUUUUGGUGCCCUUCGUGUUGGUUGUUUUUAAUCUAGGUUUAAUCGUGGGACAGACUGCCGAGCCUGGUACAUCUUGUUCAGUUCACAGUAACACCAGUUGUGAAGUCUGCCUGAAGAAUGUUUCGUGUUUGUGGUGCAACUCAGACAAGAAGUGUAUCGAUUACCCAGUGAGGACGAUCCUUCCUCCCAGGUCUCUGUGUGAGCUGCCCUCUGCCAGAUGGGGAGUCUGCUGGGUGGAUUUCCAGGCUCUGAUCAUCGCCAUGUCUGUGAUAUUGGGGGCUCUUCUGCUUGCUGUUCUCAUUUGCUGCUGUUGCUGCUGCAGGAAAAAGAAGGUUAGAGGACCAGAUAAAACUGAGGAAAAAAUCAUCCGUCAGAACGAACAAAGGAAGAUCCGCCAGGAGGAAAGGAAAACUGAAAUGAAGGUCCGACAUGACGAAAUCAGAAACAAGUAUGGAUUGACCAAGGAGAACCCUUACACCAAGUUUGAGAACAAUUAACUCCUUAGUCAACAGUCUGAAAACUUCAUAAUCCUUCUUUCCAAAACUCAACAGAACAUUGAACCAAACCAGUGACUUUAAGCUGUUUCUCCCACAAACCAGAACUUGCCAUCUAGGUAUUGCUAGAUCUAAAUGUCUACAUCCACUUCAAGCAACCAAAGAAGCAGGGAUAGUCGAGUUGGCAUUAUACGAUGGAAACUAAUUUCCAGCAUGAAAUAUUUCACUCUCUUCGUAUGUGAACAAGUUCACCAGUUUUAUAUUAGAUUGCUUCUCUGGUGCAGUGGAUUUAAUAUGUGUGUGUAUAUUAGAACAAAAAUAAGGGUGUUUUUUGUUAAUGGCUUGUCACAAGUGCCAGCUCUUAGAAUUAAUUAUGUUUUUGCUGCUUUGUGCUAAGAAGCAAGGUAGCGAUAUUGUAGCUUACACAUGUUUUAAAUGUUCUUGGAUGAUGUGAUUUAAAACACGUAAUAUAACCAGAUAAGCAUUUAAAACGGUAUACACAUUUUUAGAAUUCUAUACAAGACUACAAAAGAGUGGGAGAGAUCAAAGAAAAUAAAAAUCCAUUUAAAAGCUUUAAAGAAAAUCGAGGCGCUUACACUGGAGCAGGACACCAGGGUGAUUAUGAAACACCAAAGGGGCAAUGCUGUGUAUAUAAAGUGUAAGCCUGCAUUAGGUUUCUAGUAUACUAUUGACAAGAUAAUGUGGACCUGUGGAUAUAAAACUUCUGUUUUUAAAGGAAGAAAUAGCUAAAGUCACUGUGUCUGGGGUUUUUUUCAUACUUACCAAGAAUAUAAUAACAAAAUCAUGUUAAAUCCUUUUUGUUUUUUGAAAGCUUUUUUUCCAUUGGGAUAAGGUGAAAAAAGUGCUAAUGCUAAUAUUAAAAAAAAAAUAAUUAUAUAUAUAUAUAUAUAUAAUUACAUCUAACUGUAGGUUGGUUUGAGAAUAACGCAACGCAGUAUGUAAAGUGCUGCAUCCUGGUACCAUUGCUGUUGGUCACAUGGUCUGAUUGCAGCUCGACCAUUGGCGGGAGUUUCAGCUAAAGCACAUGAAGUGAUUAUGUAACCAAAAGCAAUAACAACUUUUCUAUUGUGUACUCUUUGAAAUAUUUGCAUAUUUCAAAUGAAAAUGUAAAAUACAUUCAAAGACAAGGGGAAACCAAAGACAUUACUUUUGCUAAUAAGAAUGUUUUUUAAAGCCUUAAUUAGCACUCCUUUAUGUGUUUUGUUAUAGCUUUCAUUUCUCUGUAAAAUUAAACAGGGGGGGGGGGGGGGAGAGAUAUUAAUGUGGAUUUUGACUGAUGUGCAGCUGGCUUUCAUUUGCUGCUGUACCGCUUACAAUAAAAUGAUUUGUGUUUGGUAGUAGCAAAAGCAAUCGUCACUGAGUUUAUAAACAAAACAAACUUGUAACAUAACAACCUAGACCGUAUUAUAUAAGCUGUCUGAACUAUGAAUAGGAAACAAUGUUCAUUUAAAAUGUUAUUGCAGAACAUUGAGUUUAUUUGAUGAUAAACUUACUGUUAUUUCCUUUUGAUUUAGUUGUAAAGUAAAACUAAUUUUGUGGAUUGUUUAGGUUGUGCAGCGAUAAGCCAGAAAGAUACUGUGGUAACACAUUUAAAAUAGUCAUGUGAAACCAUCAUCAGAACAGCUGUUAUUUCAACAGUGGUCCCAUAUUAAUUCAUUAGGAAUCUGUGAAUGUAGUGUUCUUAUUUAUCUUCCUGGAAUGAAGGCAUUCUAUUGAAAUGCAUAUGCAUUUUUACAGGAAUCUGUUUCACUCAAGGAACAACAGCCAAGCAUGUAUUAUUGCUAAACUGUUGGAACCUUUUUAAGCCUUUUCAAGGAAUGAUAACCAAAGCUUUAACAUCUGUUGUUCCAUUAGCACUAGCAAGUGCAGCAAUAGCCAUUUUCUUGUGCUAAUGUAUGCAGAUUUAGAAAAACUAAAGCAGCACUAUAGAUUAACAGACCUAAUCACUACAUGGGCAGCACAGGAGACUUGGUAAUCUUCUAAUUUAUUAUUAUUUAGCAGACACUUUUAUCCAAAGGGAUUUGCAGAGACUAGGGGGUGAACUAUGCAUCACAACUCCUGCUGCAGAGUCACUUACAAUAGGACCUCGGUUUUACUUCUCAUCCGAAGGACGGAGCACAAGGAGGUUAAAUGACUUGCUCACGGUCACACACAGCGAGUCAGUGGCUGAGCUGGGCUUGAACCUGGAACUUCCUGGUAACAAGCCCUUUUCUUUAACCACUGGACCACCAAGCCUCCUUACUGUCAGUAUACUUACAAAAUCUGUAUAUGCCUAAUUUUAAAGUUUAAUGAAAUAACUUUAUCCCCAUUUAAAAGGGGACCAGUGAUUUAAUGUUCCUUGGGACCUUUGGUUAUCACUCCUAUAAUCAGAGACUUGUCUUUCCUUUCUCACAUUUUUUCCUGCUGGAACUCACUGGGGUAGAGGGGAGGCAAGCACUCCUUUGUUUAUGAUAGAAUGUUUACAUUGGGGGGAAAAUAUACUUCAAUCUGUUUUAAAUUCUGUGCUCACAGAAGUAUGUAGAAGCAAAAUUGACAUUUAUUUAUUGCCCCUUUUUCAGGUGCAUUUCUAUAUUUUUUUUUCGCCAACUAAGAAUUGCUUUUUCAUAUUAGUUGCAUUUCAUACAUAAUUUGGAACUAUGAUAUGAUAAUUGCUAACUGGCUACAUAAUUAACAUUUUUUUAAAAGGCAUCCUAGUUGCCUCGAAAGCAAUCAAUUGCACCUUACUGGGGAGUAGGAAACUGAUGGGAGCGCAUCUUUUGAACAGGUGUAUGCAUUGGGAUACCGAUAUGUUUAGGAUUCAAGGGAGGAAUGGGAAUAUGGUGUGUGGGUGUGUGUGUGCGGUUUUUUGUUUUUUUUUAAUAAACCAGCUUCCUCAGAGCUAAUUAGAAUCCUGACAGGGACAGUUUGUGGCAAUGGUAACAUUUCUACCUUGGAGACUAGGGUAGACUGGAACAACUUGGAAUUGUAUUUUUUAAUGUAGAAUGCUUCUAUUAAAUAUUACACUCCAGCCAUCUUUUUUUGUCAAUGAACUAAGAGGGAAUAAAGCAAUUAUUGGUAGAUAUACACUCCAAAAUAAAUACAGCUACGUCAAAGGUACUUUGGUUUAAAGAUGCAUCUGACACCCCCCCCCCCCCCCCCCCACACCCCCUGCCUUUGUAUACUUCUUAGAUUUUUGCAUUGUGUAAAGCAAAUCUUGUGUUUUUUGUAUUUGAAUGUAAUGUACGGUAGUAAUGCACCUCUGCACUGAGCAAUCCUCUUUUUUUGCUUUUUAACCAAUGCAGAAAACCAUGCUUGGCUCAGGCUCUGCAGCCAAGAUUGAAAAUAUUUUGAAAAGGCAUGUCAUGGGGUUACAGUUUGGUUAUUCUUUAAAUUGUUUUGAAAAGGCAUGUCAUGGGGUUACAUUUUUUAUCUUUCAUGCAGUGAAAGAAUAACCUGUUGGUUUAUUCUUCAUCACAGUAUAAGAAAAGGCAACGGAUGAAUAUUGUGAAGUAAUGUGAAACAUAUUUAUUUCACCAAACUACUGCAUGGUUUCACCAUACUCUCUACUUCCUAACCCUUUCUCAACCAGAUAAAUUAUUGGAAGAUCCAUCAAAUGCCAAUUUUGCUUUUGUAAAACAUCCUUUGUUUUCAUUUUAGUGAGUGCUUAGCCAUACAAAAUGUACUGUUAAGGGGGCAACAUUUUAUGGAAUGAAGAACAAGUACACAUUUCUCCACAAGUUUAAAACAUUUUUGCAAAUUAAGAUUUGGCUAAAUUCAGGCUACCGAAUCCUGAUACUGAACAUGCUUGUAAUUUAAUCUCUAUGUCAUGAUAAGAAAUUGUAUAAUUUUUUUUUUUUCUGCCUAGAGCUUGUAUUAUGUAGAAGCAAUAUAUGUUAAUUUCAUUUCUGUAUGCUUUCAAAUGUGCUCGGUAAGUUAGCUGUUCAUAAUGUGUUAAUCACACAGUAAUGCUUACAUAGUGAUUUGUAAUGGUUAGCUUAAAUAUACCAUAGCUAUGAAUUUAAUCUUAACACUUUUGACUUACUGGGGUAGACCUGACACAUUUGUGUAAUUUCAUAUUUUAAUAAAUAGUCCAGUGUUAAAAUGAAA